UAAAACUGUUAAUCGAUUGUGUACACCAUAAAUAAGAAUAGUUAACUUUGUGUUAUGGAGGGUUGUUCUCGUUCAUUGUUUUUGGCCACCCCUUGGUGACGAUGACAGAUAUUUAAAUCAACAUAACCUGAAAUUAAUAAAUUUUUUGAUAAGGUGUUAAGAUUAACAAAAUUAAGUUUUUCCUCUGAAUUGAGAUUGUAUGAGGCAAAUUCUCCUUAAUAUUUCAGCUUCCUUAACUUGUAGCCUAAGUAUCAUUUUGUUGGCCUACUGCGUUUUAACGUAUCGAGAAAAUAAAUCAUCACUGAUUGAAUUUGAAAUGGGAAAAGACACGGAAUCUGAGGAUAAAUAUACAAUCCUUUUGCCAACUUACAACGAAAUCGAUAAUCUUCCCAUUGUUAUAUGGAUGAUAAACAAAUACAUGGAAGAAAGUGGUUAUCAAUUUGAAGUGAUAGUAAUUGAUGAUGGAAGUCCUGACGGUACCUUAGAAGCUGCUAAACAGCUACAGAAAAUUUACGGUGAAGAGAAGAUAGUCUUACGUCCCCGAGAGAAAAAGCUUGGUCUUGGUACAGCAUAUAUUCAUGGCUUGAAACAUGCAACAGGAAACUUCAUUAUUAUCAUGGACGCUGAUUUAAGUCAUCAUCCCAAAUUCAUUCCAGAAUUUAUUCAAAAACAGAAGGAAAAAAACUUCGAUUUGGUAUCUGGAAGUCGCUAUGUAGGGACUGGGGGUGUUUAUGGUUGGGAUUUCAAAAGGAAGUUGAUCUCUAGAGGUGCAAAUUUUCUAACACAACUCUUGUUGAGACCCAGAGCCUCUGAUCUAACUGGAUCCUUCAGAUUGUACAAGAAACAUGUAUUGGAAAAACUAGUAAGCAGUUGUGUAUCGAAAGGCUAUGUUUUUCAGAUGGAGAUGAUCAUAAGGGCUAGACAGUUUGGAUACACAAUUGGAGAGGUGCCAAUUACUUUUGUCGAUAGAGUUUAUGGAGAAUCAAAAUUGGGAGGAUCAGAGAUUUUCCAGUUUGCCAGUGCUCUUCUCUAUCUUUUUGCAACGACGUAAUAAAAAAGUGUUUAUAAUAUUCUAUAGAGACUUUCAAGAAUGAUGCCUUGAACAGUAAUUCAUUCCAAAUGAAAUGUAUUUAUGAAUUGAUGAUGAAAAAUAACUUUAGCCUGGAAAAAUUUCUAUUGAAUGUAGAUUUACUGAACAUUUUUAAUUAAACUUUUUUCAGCAGA